AUGAAGAAAACAGUUUUGAUUACUGGAUGCAGCAUUGGAGGCCUCGGAAAUGCUUUGGCUUACGAGUUUCUCAAAGUUGGUUAUCACGUCAUCGCUACUGCCCGAGAUACCGAGAAGAUUGGCCCUCUCGCAAACAAACCCGACGUCGACAUCUUCCAACUGGACGUCACACUGCCUGAAUCGAUCUCGUGCUGCCUUGCUAAGAUACAGGCCAUGGAAAUCAAACUUGAUAUCCUCGUCAAUAAUGCUGGCUGCGCCUCUUUCAACCCCUUAGUGCACGCAGAUGUUAAUGCUGCCAAAGCUUUAUAUGACGUAAACGUCUGGGGUUCUCUGCGAGUCACGCAGGCAUUUAUACCGCUAUUAGUAAGCUCUCAAGGAGUGAUACUAAACAUCGCAUCUAUGGCUGGAGCAGUGCCUCUAGCAUGGCAGGGAAAGUGCCUCCGUCAAUUCAACACUCUAUAA